AUGUCCGGCCCGAGGGCGCGGGAGAGUCGUGACGCAAACGACCUUCCCGUCGGGGGGGCUGGAUCGUGCGGCGCGGAGUCGGGCCUGGAAGGACUUCGCCUCCCGCCUCAGUCCAGCUCCGCUCUGGGUAACCAGCGCCCCCGCCACCCCGCGCACCCCGCCACCCCGCGCCCCCCUCCACCCAGCGCACCCGCCACCCCGCGUCCUCCUCCACCCACCGCGUACCCGCGCCCCCUCCACCCAGUGCGCACCCACCCGGCUACCCGCACCCCGCCGCCCCCUCCACCCAGCGCACUCCGCUACCCCGCGCACCCCUCCACCCAGCGCACCCACCCGCCCCUCACCCACGCACCCGCGCCCCCUCCACCCAGUGCGUACCCGCUACCCCGCGCACCCCUCCACCCAUGCGCACCCGCUACCCGCGCACCCUCCACCAGGCGCACCGCUACCCCGCGCACCCCUCCACCCAGCGCACCCCCACCUCACCCACGCACCCCUACCCGCGCCCCCUCCACCCAGCGCACCCCACUACCCCGCGCCCCCCUCCACCCAGCGCACCCCACUACCCCACGCCCCCUCCACCCAGCGCACCCCACUACCCCGCGCCCCCCUCCACCCAGCGCACCCCACUACCCCGCGCCCCCCUCCACCCAGUGCGCACCCGCUACCCCGCGCACCCCUCCACCCAGUGCACCCCACUACCCCGCGCACCCCUCCACCCAGCGCACCCCACUACCCCGCGCCCCCUCCACCCAGCGCACCCCGCUACCCCGCGCCCCCCUCCACCCAGUGCGCACCCGCUACCCCGCGCCCCCUCCACCCAGUGCACGCCGCUACCCCGCGCACCCCUCCACCCAGCGCACUCCGCUACCCCGCGCCCCCUCCACCCAGCGCACCCCGCUACCCUGCGUCCCCCGCCACCCAGCGCACCCCUCCACCCAGCACACCCCGCUACCCCGCGCCCCCCUCCACCCAGCGCACCCGCUACCCCGCGACCCCCUCCACCCAGCGCCCCCCUCCACCCAGCCCACCCACUACCCCGCGCCCCCCUCCACCCAGCGCCCCCCUCCACCCAGCCCACCCGCUACCCCGCGCCCCCCUCCACCCAGCGCACCCCGCCACCCCGCGCACCCCGCCACCCCGCGCACCCCGCCACCCCGCGCACCCCUCCACCCAGCACACCCGCUACCCCGCGCCCCCCUCCACCCAGCGCCCCCCUCCACCCAGCCCACCCGCUACCCCGCGCCCCCCUCCACCCAGCGCACCCACUACCCCGCGCACCCCUCCACCCAGCGCCCCCCUCCACCCAGUGCGCACCCGCUACCCCGCGCCCCCCUCCACCCAGCGCCCCCCUCCACCCAGUGCGCACCCGCUACCCCGCGCCCCCCUCCACCCAGCGCCACCCUCCACCCAGCGCACCCGCUACCCCGCGCCCCCCUCCACCCAGCGCCCCCCUCCACCCAGCCCACCCACUACCCCGCGCCCCCCUCCACCCAGCGCACCCCGCCACCCAGCCCACCCGCUACCCCGCGCGCCCCCUCCACCCAGCGCCCCCCGCCACCCAGUGCGCACCCGCUACCCUGCGCACCCUCCACCCAGCGCACCCCUCCACCCAGCGCACCCCGCUACCCCGCGCACCCUCCACCCAGCGCACCCGCGCCACCGCCCGUUUUGGGGCGAGGACAUUACAGGCCACAGGUGGAGCUGACCCGGCCGGAGUAG